AUGGGGAAGCAGAACAGCAAGCUGCGUCCCGAGAUGCUGCAGGACCUCCGUGAGAACACCGAGUUCUCGGACCUGGAACUCCAGGAGUGGUACAAAGGCUUCCUCAAGGAUUGUCCCACCGGCAUCCUCAAUGUGGAAGAGUUUAAGAAGAUCUAUGCCAACUUCUUCCCCUACGGCGACGCCUCCAAGUUCGCAGAGCACGUCUUCCGCACUUUCGACACCAACGGCGAUGGCACCAUCGACUUCCGAGAAUUCAUCAUUGCCCUGAGCGUCACUUCGCGGGGGAAACUGGAGCAGAAGCUGAUGUGGGCGUUCAGCAUGUACGACCUCGACGGGAAUGGCUACAUCAGCCGGGAGGAGAUGCUGGAAAUCGUGCAGGCCAUCUACAAAAUGGUCUCGUCAGUGAUGAAGAUGCCAGAGGAUGAGUCGACUCCUGAGAAACGGACGGAAAAAAUCUUCCGACAGAUGGAUACCAAUAACGAUGGCAAACUGUCCUUGGAGGAGUUCAUCCGAGGAGCCAAGAGCGACCCCUCCAUCGUGCGGCUGCUGCAGUGCGACCCCAGCAGUGCCUCGCAGUUCUGA